AUGGUCUCGCGGAUCGGCUCUCGCCGGCUGUGCGCCGCAGCACGGUUCCUCAUUCCGCGGUAUCGAUCGACGCUCUUCUUCUCGGAAGUGCCACCAGGUGGAUGCGCUCGCGUGGCACUCACCAUCGACGACGGGAUCUGCCGAGGCGAGGCCGCAGACUCUCUCGCGCCGGCGGUGGUGGAGCUGCUACAGCGACACGGCGCUCGCGCAACCUUCUUUGUGUGCUCCGACUACUGCUCGCCCGACGCGGCCGCCGCCCUGCUGGCGGCAGGCUGCGAGCUCGGCAACCACCUGAAGCGCGAUCAGCCAUACGCGCUCGCCGCCGCAGACGCGUUUGAGGCGGAUCUGCUCGAGUGCGAUGAGCUCAUCCGCCGCUGCCACGCAGAGACGCCGCCGCCGACCGGCGCGGCGGAGCGCGGCCGCUGGUACCGCUCACCGCAGGGCGUGCUGACACGCCGCAUGCGCGACGUGCUCGCCCGGCAGCGCGGGAUGGUGCACGUUCUCGGCGACGCCUACUGCGACGACUGGGCGGUGGACGACCCGGCCUUCAUCUCGCGGACGCUGCUACGGAUGGCGCAACCAGGCUCCAUCAUAAUCAUGCACAUGCCGGAGGCAAAGUGUCGCCGCUGGUGCCUGGACGCGCUGCGGCUGCUGCUCGAGGGGCUGGGCGAGCGGGGCCUCGCCUGCGUGACGCUCUCGGAGCUGGCGGCCAGCUAG